AUGAACGUGCAGCAGCUGGUGCCCCUGGCUCUGCCCCGCGGGCGGCCGCUGAGCUGCGAGCUGUGCGGGGGCCCGGCCCAGCUGCGCUGCGGAGCCUGCCGCGUCACCUACUACUGUGAUGUAGAUCAUCAAAAAGCUGACUGGGUUAGCAUCCAUGAGAAAAUAUGCCAGUUGUUGAUUCCAAUUCGUACAUCAUUUCCAUUUUUCAAUUCUGAAAAAGAAAGAAAACAUGGCAUGGAACAGCUUCUUCACAGGCAGAAACACUUAGUUGACCUUACUCACAAAGUGGCCCAGAAGUUUGUGUUUGAAGGAAAACAUGAAGAAGCAAUUCCUGCAGCUUUACAUUCACUGCGUUUCAGCAUUGAUACCUGUGGUCCAGAUUCUGUGGAAUUAGUUCCUGCUUAUCUCAUCUUAGCUGAGGCUAGCACUGGUCUUGGCCAUCUUACCCAGGCAGAGGAAUACCUCUCACAAGCUCAAUGGAUUGUCCUCAAAACUUCUGACUGCAGUAAUGGCAUUCAGUCUAAAUUGCAUCGUAACCUGGGUCUCCUCUAUGCUGCUAAAGGAAAUUUUGAAGAGUCUUUAUACCACCUGGCUACUGAUAUUUACUUUGCCAGUUGUGCAUUUGGAACACAUGACAUUAGUACAUCUGGAGGUUAUUUCCACAUGGCUAAUGUGUUCUUUCGUCAGAACAAGAUGGACAUUGCAGACUCACUAUACACUGAGGUAACUGAUAUUUGGCAUGCCCAAUUCAGUAGACUGAUUCGAGUCCAAUCACAAACUCUCACGUCUCCAGCAGAAAUUAAUAUAUUGUCUGAAGAAGAGGAAAUCAGUGAAGAACCUCUGAAUGAAGCUCAGCAAGCCGAAGCAAGUCAAGUACUGAACGCAAUAUUAGAUAUCAAAGAACAGGCACCAAAGCAACAACCUACUAAAACUGCCAGCGUUGUACAUGCUCUCGCAAUGCUUCAUUACUUGAUCUUGGAUUUACCAAAGGCUCAUGAACUUGGGAUGAAAGCUUUUCUAAUAACCAAACAGCUGCCAAACCAAGAUGCAUCCGAAGCUAUUCAUCGUCUAUUAAAAUUGAUUAAAUCCAAACUUUGCUACACAAAAUAGGGUCCAGUUUCUUCACCUCUUUAUCUUUUCAACUAGAUGGCAUUAUGAACGUCAUACUUUUGCCUGUUAAUCACCUGUCUAGAAACAGUCUCUGUAUAUUUGUUUGCUUUUAUUAAAAUUACACUUUAUGCCA